AUGGAGCUUCAUUUAUACGCCGCCCUCGCGCUGCUUGCUGUACUAGCAGCGACCUUCAAGUUCAUCUUAUACCCAGCCUUCUUCUCUCCCCUCGCCAAAAUCCCCAAUGCUCACUGGACAUGCAGUUUCAGUCCGUUGUGGAUUCUCUGGAUGAAGUGGACAAAACAAGAGAACGGCCAAGUCUACAAGCAACAUAUGAGGAAGGGCCCCGCAAUCCGACUUGCGCCCAGCCUGGUCAGUUUCAACUGUUUCGAAGAUGGGCUGAAAACGGUUUACAAUGGAGGGUUUCCAAAGCCAGAUCUUUACUUCAAUGGGUUUGCUGUAUAUGGAACUGGCAACCUAUUCACCAUCAAAGACAACGCAACCCAUGCGGCUCAGAAAAAGUUUUUGGCAAGCUGCUUUUCCAAGUCGUCUGUCAUGUCAUCGCAGAGCGUUCGUGCCUCAUCUCGAGAGACUCUGUUCGGGCACCUUCUACCCCUGAUUUACCAGGCGGCCACCCAAGAUAGAGCACUCGAGGUACUGGAGCUCAACUACUCGUAUCUACUGGACACCUUUGUACAGUGGCAAUUUGGUCGGUCGCUGCGGAGCAACCUGGUUGGGGACGAAAAGGAAAGGAGAUUCUACCUUGAUGGAUUUCUGGGAAUAUCUAAAUACACGUUCUGGCAGUACGAAUUCCCAGGUCUGAUAGACGUGCUUCAGAAGCUCGGCAUCCAUCUUAUUCCCAAAUCCGUGCUCGACGGGUUCAGGGGUGUUGAAGACUGGAAUCUGGAAAAGUGCGACAGAGCCCAACAAGUUCUAGCGAGUGGGGAACCGCUUUCCCCAGAGGAGCUGCCCGUGGCGUUUGAACAGGCCCUGAAAGGGAUGAGUGAGGUUGAUGCAAAGCCCAAGUCCUACCCACGACGGCUACCGUUGGCAAGUGACAUGUUCUCUUUGAACUCUGGUGCCUUCGAGACAAGUGGCAACACCAGCACUUACCUGCUGUACGAGCUGAGCCGACGUCCCGAGUGGCAGACGAGGCUUCAAGAAGAAUUGCGCAGGCUUAGCCCACCCUUGAAGUAUAUACCCAGGGAAAGCGUCGAAAUUGAUAGCAUGCCAAGCGCACAGGAUGUUGACAAGCUGCCAAUCCUCCAUGCUGUCCUGAUGGAAACACUACGACUCUGGCCCUCCGUGCCCGGCGGUCAACCUCGGGUGGUGCCCCGGCCUUGCACCCUAGGUGGCUAUCACAACAUCCCUCCAGGAACGACUGUGCAGGCAUACGCGUCUGUUCUGCACCGCACGCCGGAAGUGUUCCCUGAUCCUUUCACUUGGAAGCCUGAGAGAUGGCUCGAUGCAUCGCAGGACGAACUGGCCGUCAUGAGGAAAUGGUUCUGGGGCUUUGGCAGCGGUGGGAGAAUGUGUCUUGGAAUACAUUUUGCCCAUUACUCCAUAAAAUUGUUGUUCGCAAGCAUCUAUUCCAACUUUACAACCACCAUUCAUGACCAAGGAGACAUGGACCCAAGUGAUGGCUACCUUUCGUCUCCCAAGGGACAUCGUCUUGAAUUGAAAUUUCACGUUUUGGAGUGA